GGCUCUGAGGAAGGCUGCGCAGCGUGGAUCGGUGGGGAACGCGGGGUGGAGGGUGGGGGGUGAGAGGAGGCACCUUGCCCUGGCGGAUUUCUCAGGGCUCUUCUUCCUCGCUCUCUGUCUCUCUGUCUCUCUCUGUCUCUCUCUCCUUUUUUGAACCCCACCCCUGACCUUAUUAUCUGCCUGCCCAAGAUUAAGCGCAAAGACAGUAGUCCAGAGAGAAAAUAGCAUGGGAUCAAGGCGACACCUGCAGAUGAAUUAGACCGGAGGGAGGAAAAGACGUAUAAUUCUUUAGGGAAGAUUCUGCUUCCCCCCCUGCCUCCACCUCGCGCCUUAAAAAGCAGGGAAGAAAGAAUAAGACCCGCUCCAAAGGAAAAGAGCGGGAGAGGACCACGCAAGGAAUCGGGGGGAAUUUAAAGGACCGUUUCCCUCCCUUUGUUGAAUGAGAACAGCGCCGGAUCACCAUGAGCACCAGCACAGUUCCUUUUCAACAAAACCCAUACAACUCUGGGGGUCGUCCCACCAUAAUCCAGUGCUAUCGCUGUGGAGAUACCUGUAAAGGAGAGGUGGUGCGUGUCCAGAGCAAUCACUUCCACAUCAGAUGCUUCACCUGCCAAGUGUGCGGCUGUGACCUGGCUCAGUCGGGCUUCUUCUUCAAAAAUGGCGAGUACAUCUGCACCCGUGACUACCAGCAGCUGUAUGGCACCCGCUGUGACAGUUGCCAGGACUUCAUCACCGGAGAGGUUAUCUCAGCCCUCGGCCGGACUUACCAUCCCAAGUGCUUUGUGUGCAGCGUGUGCAGGAAGCCAUUCCCCAUUGGAGACAAAGUUACAUUCAGUGGCAAGGACUGUGUUUGCCAAACCUGUUCUCAUUCGCUGAUAAGCAACAAACCCAUCAAGAUCCACGGACCAAGCCAAUGUGCAGGUUGCAAGGAGGAGAUUAAGCAAGGUCAGUCACUCCUGGCCCUAGAGAAACAGUGGCAUGUCAGCUGCUUCAAGUGCCAAACCUGUGGAAUCAUCCUGACUGGAGAAUAUAUUAGCAAGGAUGGCAUCCCGUACUGCGAAUCCGACUACCACGCCCAGUUCGGCAUUAAAUGUGAGACCUGCAACCGGUACAUCAGUGGAAGGGUUCUGGAGGCAGGAGGGAAGCAUUAUCACCCCACUUGUGCCAGGUGUGUGCGUUGCCACCAGAUGUUCACAGAAGGAGAAGAGAUGUACCUCACAGGUUCCGAAGUGUGGCAUCCCAUCUGCAAACAAGCAGCAAGAGCAGAAAAGAAGCUAAAGCACAGAAGAACUUCAGAAACCUCCAUCUCCCCACCUGGCUCCAGUAUUGGUUCCCCCAACCGAGUCAUCUGUGCUAAAGUGGAUAAUGAGAUCCUUAAUUACAAAGACCUAGCUGCUCUUCCCAAGAUUAAAGCCAUCUACGAGGUGCAGCGUCCUGACCUCAUUUCCUAUGAGCCCUAUCACAGAUAUACAUCGGACGAGACGCUGGAGAGAUAUAGCUAUGGGGAGUCUCUUGGAACAUUGUCUCCAUAUUCUCAGGACAUUUACGAAAGCAUGGACAUCAGGCAGAGGCGAGCCUCCAGCCCAGGCUACAUUGACUCCCCCACCUACAGCCGCCAAGGCAUGUCUCCCACUAUCCCGCGCUCUCCGCAUCAUUAUUACCGCUCAGCUGCUGCAGAGAGUAACAUCUACCGGAAACCUCCCAUCUAUAAAAGACACGAUGCCCAAUCUGCAGCUACUAAAAGCAAAACCAGUGAGGAUAUAGCACACACCUCCAAAUACAGCCCAGCCUAUUCUCCAGACCCAUAUUACCACUCAGAGACAGAGUACUGGACUUUUCAAGGGUCACCUAAAGCACCACGUGUUCGGAGGUUUUCAUCAGGGGGAGAAGAAGAUGGGUUUGACCGAGGAAUGCAUAAAAUCCAGACUGGCAUCGGCAGGUUGAUACUGAAGGAAGAAAUGAAGGCACGAUCCAAUUCCUAUGCUGACCCCUGGACACCACCCCGCAGCUCAGCUGGCAGCCGAGAAGCUCUUCAUACAGCUGGCUACGAAGGCUCCUUGAAUGGUUCGCCUCGGACACAUUACCUGGCUGAUAGUGAUCCCCUCAUUUCUAAAUCUGCCUCUCUUCCCGCUUACAGAAGGAAUGGACUGCACCGGCCUCCCAGUGCUGAGCUCUUCCACUACGACAGCACGAAUGCUGUCAACUGGGGGAUGCGAGAAUACAAGAUUUACCCUUAUGAGCUGCUCCUGGUGACAACGAGGGGGAGAAACCGCUUGCCCAAAGAUGCAGACAGGACUCGCCUAGAGGUACGGCACAUCCCCCCAGCAUUCCUGACAGCGCCUGGGUAUGGUCCGAUCAGCCUGCUCCUCUGGCCCUUUCCAUGCAAAAGCACAUUUCCAGCAAGGCUGUGCCUAUCAGCUCCGGGUGUAGCACAAGAAAGAGCGCCACCUGUCUCCAGAGGAAUUUUACCAGGUCUUUGGCAUGACCAUUGCGGAGUUCGAUCGCCUGGCCUUGUGGAAGAGGAACGAGCUGAAGAAGCAGGCACGGCUCUUUUAAAAGCAGUGCAUUAUAUAUAAAUAUAUAUAUACACACACACCUAUAAAUAUAUACAUAUAUAUAUAAUUAUAUUAUAUAUAUAUCUAUAUAUAUAUAUAUCUAUAUAUAUAGAAAGAUCUCUAUAUUGAAACUCUGUAUAACUCUUUUUUGUUGUACAGUAGAACCUUGGCUGCUUUCUUUCGAAGCCUGUAGAGUGAAUUGAAGCCUCCCAGAUAUUUUUAUGCUCUCUUUCUUUUAUUCCUUUUUUUAAUGUAAUUGUUAUUUGAGGGAAAGUUUUUGAGCAGGGUGGGCGGGGAGGAGGAGGGAUCCUGUUUUUAUACGGAACUUUUUCUUACGUGAAUGUCAGGCCAUCCUGGGCAUUAUGAUAUCUCACCUGUGAGUCUCUUCGCUCCAUGCCCAGCCCAGGGAAGGGAGGUCACUGGUGGCAAGAGGGACUGACUCUGCAGGGAACAAAACAUCAUUGCUUACACCCAAACAUGGCUUGAGGCAGCCUUCACCCGCCUGCAGCGAUGGGUUAGACUCAAUGGCAAGCAACUCAGCGAUCACGGGCGAAUGCUCGGAGCUGGAGUCCGAAGCAGCCGGAGCUCCCCAGGCUGGGGAAGCUGGGCUGAUGAACAGCAGAAGCCCUCCGGAGGCUGGAUCAGGCUGCAGGUUCGUCUCGCCCAGCCUCAGUGGUCAGCCCAACACCUUGUCCUUCUUUGCUGUUAGAUCCCUGUUCCUCUGCCUUAGCCACGUCCUGGGCUAUGUGUGCGCGCACUACACGGCGUCCUUUAAAAAAGUAAUAAUUCUGCAUCAGGAAAAAGUGGAUGAUGAGGCUUGGAUGUACUAUGAAAAUUGAACUUAUUUGCAUACCCAGCAGUCAUUCAGAUGCCCCUGAAACCUAAUAAGCAGAGCUGGAAGGUGAUGGCCACCCAGCACCCUAGUUUGUCCCCAGUAUCUGGUAACCAGACAGACAGCUUCUGCAUGUGCUUCUGAUCACCUGCUCUUGCCAGUAGGCAUGAUCAGGCCUGUCAUCCAUGAGCACAGACCAUGUUCGCCUGCUGAACGGCAUUGUCUUCUCACCACGGUGGCAGGCACGCCGCUCCACCCACUCCGCAGCAACCCCCUGGAAGUAGUCAGCUGGGGCACUUACUGAGCCCCACUCUGGUUUCAGGGGGUCUACCAGGUAUUCUUGCUUUCUUACAAGGCACGAGCUGGGGUUCUUGGGGGGCUGAAUUCUGUGUGCACUUAAGUAGCAAAUUCCGUAUGCCUUCUGCACCUGAACGGGUGCACGGAAUGUAUACAGCCCUAGGCCAGUCUUGCCCAGCCUGGUGUCUCCAGAUGUUUUGGCCAUCAGCUCUCAUCACCCCCAGCAGCAUGGCCAAUGAAAAGGAAUGCUGGGAGUUGUAGUCCAAAUUACCUGGAGGGCACCAAGCAGGGGAAAAGCUGUGCUAGCCCCAUCCAUGAAUGUGCCAGUUAAAAACAGCCGCCACCCCCUUCCUUUCCUUUAGCAUCAACUUCCAUCAGUCAAUUUGUGUGAGGUAUAGCUACCAGCCAGUUAAACCAGUAAGCACUGCCAUGGGCACUUAAUUUUACAAAGAUCAAAACCUUUCCUUUCCCUUUUUUUUUUUUUUUUUUUGCUAGAUUUCCCGAGGAAAUCAACAUUGCUUUCUCUUUUCUCUUUUGACUGUGUCCUUUAAAUAAGCUUUGUCUCUUGUUGUGAAGAAGUGAUAUUGGAGGCAUUGCAUCUCAACUUUGUGGUUUGUAUAAGACUUGGGUCCGUUCUAAUAAAGCAUUGGACUUACCUGAGGAAUCAAACCCUGACAUUUCAAAUGGGCAUCACAAGAGAUGGAUCAUAAGGGGGGAAAAAGAGAUGAAGUGGGAGGAGCCUUUGUACUUGCUGGUACAUCUUGCGCACCCUUCUUUUAUAUUGAUUUCGCUGGGUUAUCUGGCCUCUCAUGGCCCAUCAGCAAUACCUCCAAUACCAGAUUAAAUCAACAUGAUAGCCUUCUGAAUGAAGAAAUGUAAAUGGAAUGUCUUUAUCUCUGUGGGAAAUUGUAGGUUUGUUCUGCUUUCUUAAAAAAACUUUUCUUAUCUAAUACACUGUUUGAAAAAAAAAGGGAUUGUGUGUUGUCUCAUGUUUUUGUCUCGAUUGGCACUCUUCUGCUUUGGAAAUAAUUGGGAAGACAAGGUUCAAAAUGGUGGAUUUCCUGGUAGGCAGGCAAGUGCCAUGGCCAUCCAUGCUGUAUGCACUGGCCCACUUUUGCAAAACAGAUGUGGACAGCAUAGUGCUGCCUCUUUUUAUCCAUUUCUGAUUGUCUCCAAAGCCUUAUACAGAACUUGGUGGAUGCUCUCCCUUGAUGAAGGUCUGUAAGCAAAGCCUGGACAGCCAUCUCUUGGCAUGUUCCACAUCUGGAUUACCUGCACUGGGUAGCAAGCAAGGAAACCACGAAACUGACUUUCCACUCACACUUUUUUACUCUAUGGGGAAAAGAAUGUUCUUGGCUCAGGAAGCACUGCAGGAUUACCCCAUAUCCUAUAGAAUGAUAAGAAGUACUCAGGAAUU